AUGGUGUUCAGGUCCCCGCUAGAGCUUUAUCCCACCCAUUUCUUCUUGCCAAACUUCGCCGCCGACCCGCACCACCGCUCCCUCCUUCUCGCCAGCGGCGGCGGCGGCGGCGGCAGCGGCAGCGGCUCGGGCUGCAGCCCCGGUGCCGGCGGCGGUGGAGGCGGCAGCUCCCGGGCACCCCACGAAGAGUUGUCAAUGUUUCAGCUGCCCACACUCAACUUCUCCCCGGAGCAAGUGGCCAGCGUCUGCGAGACGCUGGAGGAGACUGGAGACAUAGAGAGGCUGGGGAGGUUCCUCUGGUCGCUGCCGGUGGCGCCGGGGGCAUGCGAGGCCAUCAACAAGCACGAGUCCAUCCUCCGCGCCCGGGCGGUGGUGGCCUUCCACACGGGCAACUUCCGAGACCUCUACCACAUCCUGGAGAACCACAAAUUCACCAAGGAGUCCCACGGCAAGUUGCAGGCCAUGUGGCUCGAAGCGCACUACCAGGAGGCCGAGAAGCUAAGGGGUCGCCCGCUGGGGCCGGUUGAUAAAUACAGGGUGAGAAAGAAGUUUCCGCUGCCCAGGACCAUUUGGGAUGGCGAGCAGAAGACGCACUGCUUCAAGGAGAGGACUCGCAGCCUCCUGAGGGAGUGGUACCUGCAGGACCCUUACCCCAACCCCAGCAAGAAAAGGGAACUGGCUCAGGCCACGGGGCUCACCCCCACGCAAGUAGGCAACUGGUUCAAAAACCGAAGGCAAAGAGACAGAGCAGCGGCGGCUAAAAACAGGCUCCAGCACCAGGCGAUAGGACAGAGCGGCAUGCGGUCGCUGGCAGAGCCCGGCUGCCCGACACACAGCUCGGCCGAGUCUCCGUCCACGGCGGCCAGCCCGACCACCAGCGUCUCCAGUUUGACAGAAAGAGCCGAGACGGGCACCUCCAUCCUCUCGGUAACCUCCAGCGACUCGGAAUGUGAUGUAUGA